UUGCAUUUUCUUCAAUUCUCACCUUUCUGUAUAUUAUUAUAUAGAAUUUACACAUAAAAAUAUAAUAAUAAUUAACAUAUAAUAAUUAAUUUGCGUUUCAAUAUAUACAAUUUUUAUAUUUUAAUAUCUUUUUUUUUCUUUUUUCAAUGAAGAAAUGAAUUUUUAAUUUUUGAUAAAGAAAAAAAGAUAUAUUUAUCUUUUCAUUAUAUUAAUUUUUCAUAAUGAUAUUAAUUAAUAAUAAUAAGUGAAAAAAGAUUUCAGAAAUGGUUCCAAUUAAAAAACUUUGAGAAAAUUUUAUUAAGAAAAUAUAAGAUUAAUCCAGAUUUUGUUUUGAUAAAUAUCAAAUUUCUUAAUUGAAACUGAUUAAUAAUUAUAAUCGUUUGGAUUAUAUUCAAUUUCAUUCAAUCUAUGAUUCAUAUCGCUCUAAUAUUUAAUGGAUUAUGUAAUUUGUAUGAACAAUUGUUCGUAUUCACCAUCAAUGACAAAUAUCUUCUCAUGUGUCAGCAAAUUGUUAAUGAAAUAUAAUGAUAAUAAUUGUUUUGUGUGUUGAAUAGAUUUUAGCACGUAUUUAAAUUGGAUUAAUUUUUUUAAUCAUAUCUAUUUAUCUACGUAUUUGUAUUAUCAAAAUAUAUCAUUCUCUUUACUUUUCAUUAGUUGAUUAAUCUUUCAUAUUAACAUGUAAAAAAUAUAAAAAUUUAAUUACAAAGAUAUUAAAUUUGAAAUUUUAUUUUUAUUAUUAUUUUAAUUUUUUCAAUAAAUAUUAACAAUUAUAUUAGAAAUUUAUGAAAUUUUUGCAUAAUUACAAAUGAAAAAAUAUUAUAAAUUAAUUUAAAUUUUAUUUUUUUUUAUAUUCUGGAAUAGAAUUUAAGAAAAAAUAAAAUUCAAUAUCAAUAAUAAAUUAAAAAUGUACGAAACUAAAAAAAAUUUAAUCCAAAAGAAUUGCAUUUAAUGUAAUAAGCAUUCCAAUCAAAGAUUAUACUUUGUAAACAUUAUAAUAUAAAUAUUUGAUCUAUUUGAUCUAUAAUCUUUAACCUAAGUCAAAUCUAUGUUGAAGUUAAUAAUAAACAGAACAUAUUAUUAAUGAUAUUGGAUAUUAUAUAAAAUCCAAUUCUUGAUAAAUACAUAAGAAAUUUUGACAUACAUAUUUUCAACGUUACAAUAUUUUUCGAUUAUAAUACUUUUCUUUUAAUAUAAAAUAUCUUAAUAUGUUAUUCAAAAACAUUAUUGUGCAAUUAUACAAUCUGUUUAUUUAUGAAAUUAAUCUUCAUUAUGAACUGUUACAUUGCCAUUGUAUCAAAAUGAUAUUUAUGACAAUUUAAAUAUAAUAUAAAUAUAAUAUAUAUAAUGUUCAUUUCAAUACAUUAAAUUAAUCAAUAAUAUUGUUAUAAUAUAUUGAAAUAAUAUUGUAAACAGGUAUUUAUAAGUAUCUGUGUAUAAAUAAAAAAAAGAUUCUGUUUUGAAUGAAGUAAAAAAUAAUUAUCUUAGUAAUUAAUUUCUGUAAAAUUCUCAAUUAUUCUUUUUAAACAAAAUUAUCUUCAAAUAAUUCUGUUAAUAAAGAUCAUUUUUUUAUAUUAUUUUUUUAAUAUUAUUUAUUAAAACUGGUUCUUUAUUUUUCCUGGAAAUAUAAUUUAAAAAUUCCAACUCUUUUAUGACAACAAUAAUUUAUCUGUUUUAAAACUUCCUAACAAUAAGUUUCUCUUUCGUAGAAAAAUUACACUCUCCUUUCACAAAAUAGGAAACAAAGAACAAUAAAAAUGAUACUUCUCUCAACGAACAAAUAUCAAUAUACAAAAAUUAUUCCUAGUAACGAUUUAAUUUCAUUUAUUUAUUAUUCAAAAUCUUCAGAGAAAAAGAAAAAACAAAUCCUAUUAGUAAUAUUAUAUGAAUUGUAGUUUAAAUUAAUACGUAAUAAAUCUAAUAUUACAGAAAUGAAUCUUAAUAGUUACCACAGAAAAAAAAGAUGUUAUAUUUUUAUAAUGAAAUCGAGUAAACAAAUAAGUAUCAAAUAAAAUUAUAAAUAUUAAAAUAAUUUAUCUUUCAAAUAUAUUAUUAUAUAAAUAAUAUUGCUUAAGACAAAAUAAUUUAGAAAAUAAAAAAUAAAAUUAUUUAAAACAAAAGUUAUUGUUAACGUAAUAAUGUCGAUUCUAGUCUGACUAAUUCACUUCCAAGAACAAAUUACAACAUCGUCAAACCAAUAAACUAUUGUAAAAUGCUCUGGUAUAUAAGUACAUUCUCAUUCAUAAGUAUUGAGAUACUUACUUAUUAUCGAUCUAAAUUAUAAAAAAAUUAUCAAUGAUUCAAAAUUUCUAUAUUUAUACAAAUAUAUGUUCAAAUAAUUUAAUAUAUAAAUAUUUUAUGAUUCAUGAAUGAAGUUUAUAAAAAUUAUAUAAAUUAAUAAUUAAAUAUUUAAGUAUUUAGUUAUAUAAUUGUUGAUAUUUUUAUUUUACCUAAGAUUUAAAAGAGAUAAUAAUUAAAAUUUUUAUUAGAAAUGAGUUAAGACAAAAGUAAUUGUACACAAAGUCAACCAAUAAAAAUUUCAUUUAUAUUUCACUAUUUUCUUUAUAUCAAAAUCAUACCAAUUAAAAUUAAAGCUAAGUCUGAAUCUAAAUUCAAAAUCAUCACUAAUUCAUCAUUAAUUAAAUUGAUAUCGUCACAAAAUUUUUUAUAUGAUUUUUGAAUUAUGAAAAUAGUUAUAACAUUCGGAAAUUUUUGAACAAACUUUCUUAAUCUCUAAGGUUCAAAAUUUUCAAUAAUAUGUUGAAAUGUAUAAAUUCAAUUGCACAUCUCCGCAUCUCGGCGUUGUUCACACCACGAACGCGAUAAAUUCAGCAAAAGUUCAAUCGAGCCGUAAACCGCUACAAUUACUUAAUCAGAGGAGACGGUAAUAUGGAAACGAGUCAUGAGUACGCGUGCACUUGCAUGUACCAAAGAACGAGAUUCUGAACGAAAGAAAUGCGGGUGACUACCACGACGUGAUCAACUGAAAAAUUCGAUAAGCAUUGAAAUGAGUCGGUCUCUCUGUUUCUAAUACUCUUCUCGAUCCGGUAGAUGGUUCAGUAGUAGUUCGCGUUUCGUACAGAGUAAACGCUCUUUCUCCUAUCUUUUAAAUCGACUUGUUUUUGAAUUUAAGUUAAAGUUAGUCCAAUAACCGAAGAUUCGUCUUCAUCAAUAAUUAAAGAUUAAAGAAUUUUUUUAUAAAUUUUCUUCAUCGUUUUCAAAUCGAUUUUAAAAAAAAGUAAAAAAUGUUCAGUGUAUAAUUCAAUAAAUUUUAUUUAUUGGAAAUUUUUCGAAUAUAAGAUUUCGUGAUAUCUGUUCGAAUAAAUUAAAUUUAUAUUUUAUGAAUGAAUGAUUUCCUAAUGGUGGUAUAUUUUUUCGUAUGUGAAGAGAGUUAGUAAAUGUGAGAUGAUAAAUGGUUGAAUAAAAGAUUUAAGAGGGAAAAAAUGGAACAACGAAUCGUGACCGUGGAACAACACGUUUUGAAUAAUCCGAGCGAAAAUGUGAAGGAUGUGAACAAACAAGAGAUGGAGAAGCCGAAGAAAAAUUUGAUGCGUGACAUUAUCUUCAGUGAAUUACAGGAACAGAUGCAGGAAAUCAGGCAAGACAUUUUAGAGCUUGUCAAUAACCGAAUGAAUGAUAUGGUAUCGGAAGUAGCAAACAGAAUCGCUUCGAAUGAAUUGAAAGAUCUGGUUGACUCGGAUAAAUACUCUAACAGAACAAAAUCAACGAGAGAAAAUAUUUUGCCCACUAAGCAAUUUCUUCAAAGAAAUUCUUUAUUGACUGAUUUGUACGAAAUCAAACAUAUUCGAACACUUUACAAUCUUUUCGUAGCAACAUUGAUAAUUCUUUUAAUACACACAGCCGUAUACGAUAUUCGACACACGGGGUCACCUAAUCUUGGUAUAGACACAGUACGAGCUGGCUUUGCCAAAUUUCCAGUAGUAUUAUAUGUUUGGUCCCUUAUGAAAAUUUCAGUUCUGGGAGUUUAUGCUGCUUUUUAUUGUUGGGCUACUCGUCGUCUUCAGUAUUCGCCUAAGUCAUUUACCAGAAAAAUAUGGGAUUAUGGAUGGCUGGCAGGCAUUGUUCUUUAUCAGACCUUGUUCUUCAUACUUCCUACCAGAGCUGUACUCGAUAAUGACUUGCCAUUGGCGUCUAGCAUGAUCAUUCUUAUGGAACAAAUUCGAUUAGUGAUGAAAACUCAUGCCUUCGUGAGGAGUGUUGCACCGAGAUUUUUAUCAUACAAACCUCAUACAGAUACAUCAACGCCACAACUACCUGAUUUUUCUCAAUAUCUUUAUUUCUUAUUUGUACCAACGCUGAUUUAUCAAGACAGAUAUCCUAGAGCGAAAAAGAUUCGAUGGAACAUUGUCCUGACCAAUUUUGUUGAAGUAUUAACAAUUAUCUUUUUCGUGGCGCUUCUCUACGAACGUUUGUUAUAUCCAAAUUAUCGAGAAUUUGGGAAACAACCAGUUGAGUUGGGAACACUCACACUUAAUAUUCUUGGCUCGAUGUUACCCGGAAUUCUUAUGUUCCUUUGCGGCUUUUAUCUUCUUCUACACUGUUGGAUGAAUGCUUUCGCUGAACUAUUGCGAUUUGCCGACAAAAUGUUUUAUAAAGAUUGGUGGAAUUCCAUCUGCUAUAGCGCCUAUUAUCGUACCUGGAACAUCGUUGUCCAUGAUUGGUUGUACACUUAUAUCUACAAGGACAUGUACGAGAUCUUGACACCUAGGAACAAGACACUAUCCGUGUGCAUGGUCUUCGCCAUCUCGUCCAUCAUACACGAGUACAUCCUUAGCUUUUCCAUUCGUUUCUUUUAUCCUGUACUAUUGUUAUUGUUCGGUGUUGUUGGUCUCACGGUAGUAUUCGUAUUAAAAUCAGCCGGAAAUGUGUUCCUCUGGUUCAGCCUGAGUGUGGGUAAUGGAGUAUUGGUCAGCUUGUAUUGCAUGGAGUAUUUCGCCAGAAUUAAUUGUCCAUCGACUCGUGAUGAUUUCUGGGAUCUCGUAAUUCCGAGAACCUGGACAUGUAUCUUUAAAUGAGAGAGAUUGAAAACUAACUUGUGUAAGCAUUUAUAAACUACAGAAUGUAAGGUUUUAUAUUUCGUUUAAAUUUAAAUUAUCUUUACUGAUGAAUGAUUUGAAAAGUAUUCAUUGUAUGAAAUCUAAAGAAAAAAAGAAAAAAAAAGAAAAAAAAAAGAAAAAUUAGCAUGGAGGUUUAAAGACUGGAAUAAUCUUUGCGACUUAGUUUUAAUCUAAUAGAUAAAUAAGGAAAUUAAUAGAUGAGGAAUUUUAAAAGAUUAGAAUAGAGAAGGAUAUUCUUUGGCUGUAAAAAAAUAUAAAACUGUAUAAAUUAAAAAUUUCAGAUUAUCUAAGAUAAAAACGGGGAAUAGCGAAUUGUAAAUGAAAUUUAAAUCAUACUUUGAGAAAUAAGAUAAUUAUACAAUUCUGUUAAUUUUACAAAACAUUAACUGAUUUAAUUUAAAAAGACCUAUCGAUAAAAA